UUCGUCUCAAAACGUUACAUCUGCUCUCUUCGAACAUGGUGGCCCGUCAAACUUACACACUCUCCGAUAAUAAAGAGAUUUCCUUCACUGACAAUGGCCAUCCUCCAAAUUCCGACGACUACACCACUCUCGUCUUCGUUCACGGCUCUUGCAAUGCAUCCAGUUUAGAGAAGCUUUACGACUUUUCUCAUCAGCUCAAUCUCCGCAUCGUCCUCUUGGAACGACCCCCAUACGGUUCGACGCCAUAUACUGAGUCGGAGCUCGAUGAUCUCAAGCAAGGCCGUAAAAUCUAUCUGGACAGAUUUGGCGCACGACUCGCCGAGUUUCUGGUGCAGUUCAUCCAGAAGGAGAAGAUACCGAAAGCCAGCGAUGACCUGAAUAGAGGAGGUAUCACGGUAGUAGGCUGGUCUGCCGGUGCCGCUUUGGCUAUGACACUUUUGUCCGAUGCAAAAAUUGUUCCUCCCGUAACGUACCCGAUCCUGGAACAAUACGUGAAAGACGUCUUGUUGCUUGACCCUCCUCACGUAUGUUUUGGCUUCGAGACGCCGGCGGACUUCAAGGCUUAUAAUGCUUGGACCGACCCAGAUCUGAAGGAUCCACAAGAAAAGCUCCAUCAGUUUUUUGCAUGGGCAUCCUCGUACUUUGACCACUCCGAUCCUGCUGGCAAUCUUCAAGACAUGGACCUAACAACCAAACAAAGCAGCGAUGCAACUGUCACAAAGUGGUCUGCAGAAGAGUCUAAGCGCCACUUCAAUGAAAGGGCAUCUUUCUCCGAGCUUCCUAUGUUUAUGGAGCCAAUGCAAUCAACUCUCAGAACCAUGACAGAACAGGUGUUUUACGACGAGAAUCUCAUCAAAACGUACUUCCCUAACCUCAGGAUUACUGUGAUCCAUUGCACGAGGUCAUGUUGGCACUGUACAUGGGCUAAGAACGAACUAAAACGGGUUUACGAUGAGCGCUUGUCGAAGGGAGUGAAAGGAAGGCCUCUGAGAUUUUGCGAGAUAGCCGGAGCAAACCAUUUUGUACCCUGUGAGGAUCCAAAGCUUUUGCUGGAGAAAGUGGCAGAAGGGAUCAGGAAGUAGCUUCAUCGGCCCGUAUUCUUUGGGAUCUUUUAUGUUCAGGCAGAGAAAAUGAUAUGAAUGAAUUACUUAGAAAACAAUACUUUGUGACAGAGCGGCGACAACGAGCGUCUCUUUUCGACUACCCGGAUCGUG